UACGAAAAUAUGAAUAACAAGAAGAGAGAGAGAUGUGAAUGUGAUGAUCAAUGGGGUCUUCCUUUACUCCAACUCCUCCUGCGCCCCCCAUCUCUAAUGUCUUCGUCUACGGCAGCCUCCUUGCUGACGACGUCGUUCGUCUUCUCUUAGGUCGCGUUCCUCCUUCUUCCCCUGCCGUCCUGCCCCACUACCAAAGGUUUAGUAUCAAAGCAUGUGUUUACCCUGCAAUUGUACCUGCUCAAGCUAAGAAAGUUAACGGGAAGGUACUGUUUGGUAUUACUCCUCCUGAACUCUAUAUCCUGGAUGAGUUUGAGGAUGUUGAGUAUGAGAGGACGACUGCCGAUGUUCUUUUGGAGGAUGGUUCAGAAACGUUGCAAGCCGACAUAUAUGUUUGGGCAAACAAGACCGAUCCAAACUUGUUGGGCGAGUGGGAUUUUGAGGAAUGGAAGCUAUUGCACAUGGAGGACUUCUUGAAGAUGACAAAGGCUUUCAUGGAAGAAAUGGAGCUACCUGAUUCAAAGACCGGAGUUGAAACGUAAUGCUGGCGAUUCAGAAAUUUCCAGUUCAUGAACAGCGGACAAUCCCAGAACCAACUUUGCAUAAUCUCUCAUUCUUCAUCCAUUGUCCGAUUUACUCAGAUUAGCCUAGACGUGCGCUGAGCACGCCGUGUUAGGCCAUAUUAAUUUCAUUACCUUAAGCUUCCCAGAAAGGACUUGAGAUCCUGUCUUAAAAGGGUUAGCAAGGUUGCCUUUAAGGUUGUUGGAGAACACAAGCCUUUCACUUCUGUGGAACAGUUUCGAUCGCGUACUUUUAAAAAAUUUGCAUUUUAUUUUACAUCUUAGUAUACAAGAAUUCGUUUUCCCUGCA